AUGAAUAGAAUCUUGCAGCUCAAACAGAUUACCAAGAAACUUAAAGAGCAGAAUCAUGAAUUGAAAGAUCAUAAUGAGCAGCUUGAGGCCCAGAUCAUGACUAUUCUAUUUACUAGACAACAGGAAAAGAAAGAUAAAGUUAAAGUUAAUUUAUCAGAACUUUUCAAGAGCAAACAAGAAAAACUACAAGCUUUCUUGAGACAACUACACAUUUACAUGAAUAUGAAAGGCAAAGAACUUAACAAUAACAAGAACAAGAUAAUAAUAACAGUAUUAUAUCUUUACAGAGCAGCAUUCAAUUAA